GUUGUUAUCGCGCGCGCGUAUUUAAAUACAAGUUUUGUGUUUAGCUUUUAUUAAACUCACAGCAUCUUCAUUAUUGUUGUUGAUGUUGUUUUCGCAACUACAACAAAAUUAAAAAUCACAAAUUGUUGUGAUACUUAUACACACACUUUGUACCAACGCUACGAUUUGUGUUGUCGGAAAAGCGACUUGUAAGCACAAAUUGGCGCGCAAUUUCAUUUGCCUUUGUUGUCACUGGUGGAAAAUAAAACGAUUUACAUAAAUUGCAUUGAAUUUAGUUCAUAUGCAAAUAGACAGCAGCAGCAGUAGCAGCUAUAACAAAAAAUAACAAUAACAAAAAACAAUAACAGCGCUAACAAGCGCCCUUAGUCCAACUUGCUUUGUACAACGUGGCGUAUGCGUAAUCUGUAGCUUCUGUGUUCGAGCAUCCUGCGGAAGCAAGCAACGCCUCUGUUUCUGAGAGUGUGUGAGAAAGUGUGUGUAUGUUGUUUGGCGCGUGGCCGCAGUAGAAAGUAAAUAAAUACUAGAUUAAUUAUUGUACUGCUGUUCUACAAUAUAAACUAACGGCCUUUAAAAGCGUGUAAACAGCCUGUAAAACAUAAGUAUAUACAUACAUACUUAUAAGCGAGCGAGCCGAGACGAGCUGAGCCGAAACGAGAAGAGUGGAGUGGAGUUGAGUGGAGGCGCGAAAAUUGCAAUUGAAAUAAAAGAAGCGCGCGCGCGAUCGAGUGACUUGCUUUAAAUAAAUUAUGCCUUAGUGAGUGUGCGUGUGUAGGUCUGUUGGUGCCUAGGUGAGCCAGUGUGUGAGUGCGUGUGUGUGUGUGUAAAAACAUACAAAUUACAGUUCACAUUCACGCAAAUAGACAGGCAGAGACAUCUACGGUCUGGACACACAGACAGACAGAUAGACAGAUAUAUAGACAGGCAGGCAGGCAGGCCCAACAACAACAACAAACAGCUACAACAAGCAGCAGUAGAACAAAGCAAUUGAAAAUGCGAUUCAUAUCGACAAUAACAACAACAACAACAACAACAACAACAAGAAACAUAGCAACAGCAGCACUGAAGAAUUCUACAACUACUAGGCGACUCCUCCGGCCGGCUGGCAAGCAGGCAACAUGUCAAGCAUAAUUAAUUUUCGAUUCUGUUUCUGCUGCCGCUGUCGAUUUCAAACCGCCGCCAACACCACCGCCUUCGUCGCUGCCAACAACAACAUCGCUGCCGCCACAGGCGUCGCCGCUUCGUCUGUCUCUGCGUCUCUGCAAUUGUGCGCUUUCGCAUUGAAUUGCUGAAAGUACCGCCCCAACGAUCAGACCGCCCGCCCAACAGCCCAGCCCGACUGACAGAUCCAGCCGAGAAGUGUAAUUACUGCAUUAUUUCAAGAGCAAACGUACCAACAACAACAACAACAACAACACCAUAGUAUACCUAUAAAUAUAUAAGGAGAGCCGUUGUCAAAACUUGUGCAUAUUGCUGUGGAACUGUGCCAUCGAAUUGUGAAAAUGUGUUGCAAAUCAGGCGGUAAGUGGCAAUGUUGUAUGUCUUCAAGUGGCCAGCAACAGCAACGACAACGGCAACAACAGCAGCAGCAGCAGCAGCAACAACCACCAUUGACGACAGCAGCAACUACAACAAAAACAAUAAUAAAAACAACAACAGCAAAAACAAAAACAAAAGCACCAGCACCAGCAGUCAAGUUCCUGAUCCAUGAAACAACUCAUACUAAAGUGCAAAACUUUCGCCUUCAAAGUCAUGGCCAUAGCCGCCACUUGUUAGCCACAAUUAUUACACUGAUCGUGUUGGCCACGAUUCAAAUGCAGCUGGAAUUGGUUACAGCUGGCGAGAGCCUAUUAGGCGAUAUGCAAUCCUGUGCCAAUGAAGGCGAAGAGGUGCAAAUACAAGGCAUUAAGAACUCAAAGUGUUUCAAAUGCACAUGCCUGAAUGGCUUUGUGAAGUGCGACAAGAGCUGUCCAUCUAUCGAUGACUGCUACCUACUCGAUUCCAAGUCCAAUGACACCUGUUGUCGCAAAUGCAAAGGUUGCAUGUACAAUGGCGUGGCGUAUGCCAGUGGCGCCGAAUGGACAGACCCUGAUGAUCCCUGCAAGACGUACAAGUGCAUCGCCAGUGUUGUCACCGAGACAACAAUGAAGUGUUAUUCACAGUGCGACGAUCACCAGCUGACAGCCCCACGUCCCGGCGAGUGCUGUCCAACAUGUCAGGGUUGCAAGAUCAAUGGCCAGUAUGUUGCCGAAGGCCAAGAGGUCGUCGCCUCGAUCGACGAUCGUUGUUUGGUCUGUCAGUGCAGCGAUAAUAGGCUGAGCUGUACCAAGAAGACUUGCCCCAUUCUGCAGUGCCCCAAAUCGAAGCAGAAGCAGCAUCCCAACGAGUGCUGUCCUCGCUGCACAGAACAGCGCGAAUUCGUGCCCAUGACUGGUAAAUGUUUCUUCAGCAAUAAGCUGCAUUAUGAUAAGAUCAGGUUUACGCCUGACCGCUGCACCAACUGCACUUGCUUGAAUGGCACCUCGGUCUGCCAGCGAGCCACAUGCCCCAUUUUGGAGUGUGCGCCCGAGUUUCAGGAGGAUGACGGCUGCUGUCCACGCUGCAUAUCGGCCGAAGUGCGCAGCGAGUGCACCUAUAAUGAGACUAGCUAUAUGAACAACGAGACCUGGAACAUGGGACCCUGUCGUAGUUGUCGCUGCACAGCCGGUAACAUCCGUUGCUCCGAAAUGCGCUGUCCGGCUGUAAAGUGUCGCGCCAACGAGGAAUUGAAAGUUCUGCCUGGGGAAUGCUGUGCCAAGUGCAUCGAGACUGCUGGCACUUGCACCGUCUUUGGCGAUCCACACUUCAAGACCUUCGACGGCAAGUUCUUCAGUUUUCAAGGCUCCUGCAAGUAUCUGCUGGCUGCCGAUUGCUUUGCCCACACCUUUUCGAUACGGCUGACCAACGAUGGACGCGGCACGCGACGCUCUUCUUGGGCCAAAACGGUGACCCUCAAAAUGCGUGGUGUGCGCGUUAAUCUCGGCCAGAAGAUGCGCGUCAAGGUGAAUGGCACCCGCAUUACGUUGCCCUACUCAGGCGCCGCUCACAGCCCCAUUGUAAGCAUUGAGCGCCUAACGGAGGGCGCUAUUAUGCUCAAGACCGAGUUGGGCCUUAGCAUAGAAUGGGAUGGCAGCAACUUUGUCCAGGUGUCCGUGCCUUCCAAUUACAAGCGUCGCCUGUGCGGGCUGUGCGGCAAUUACAAUGGCAGUGGGCGAGACGACAUCACGGGGCGCGAUGGGACGCGGCACAACGACGAUGAAGUCUGGCACUUUGCCAACUCCUGGAAGGUGGGCGGUCCAAAAUCCUGUUCGCGCAGCAAGGAAAACAUGGCGGCAGUGCCGACGUGCAGCAAACGCAAGCCGAAUUUCUACUGCCGCCCCCUGCGCGCCUCCGAAGUAUUCGGUAACUGUGAUAAUAGACUUAAUCCCAUCAACUACAUUGAGUCCUGCAGAAUGGACGUGUGCGAGUGUCCGUCCGGCAUGUGUCACUGCGACAGUUUCGCGGCGUACGCACACGAGUGCCAGCGCCUUGGCGUGCGCCUGCCCGAUUGGAGAGCGGCCACCAACUGCCCCGCAGGCAGCUUUCGGCGCAACGCCACCUUAGCCUCCUUUGCCGGCAAUCCCUACUAUGGCGAUGCGAGCUUUCUCGAAUUUAAUGGGCGCGGUGGUCCCACAUUCAAGGGACGCCGGCGCAAACAGCAACAGCAGCAGCUGCGACGCCAGCAGAACCAGCAGAGCCAGCUGCUCGACAAUGACUUCCUGAAGAAGCAUGUGCCUCCCAACAUAUUGCGGCCGCGUGCGCCGGAUCGCACACCGCCGCCCUUACAUUAAGCUGAGCACUGGCUGAGCACAGGCUGAACACAGGCUAGCACGAUCUGUACAUUUUAAGUUACAUACAUACAUACAUACAUCUAUGAGUUAAACAAACACACACACACACACGCAGAACACAGAAGAAAUCAUUGCAUACUUUAAGCGACUAUGAGUAGUUCAAAGCAACCAGAAAGUUCCAUAACACACAUACUAUACUAUAUGCAUAAACAUUUUAAACAUAGCUCUAGCAUGACGCAUAUACUACACAAUACAUACAUACAUACAUACAUACAUACAUUGAGUUCCCCUCGUCCACAUCAAAUGCUCCUCCCACACAGUCCAGAGUCCGCCAACCCCACGCCAGUAUUAGACUCAACUGAAGCAGCAAAGUUUUUGUUGUUGUUGUCAGGCCAAGGCGCAAGUUCAACUCCAACCACUUUUUAUGCUCUGGUGCUAUGCUCCUUAUCUGUAUGGCCUGCUCCCACCCGCUCCACCACCCCCCCCACCCACUCCAUGAUUCGCACGCCUGUUGGCUCCUCCGGUCUUGCCAGCCGCUCGGGAGAGCGUCGCCUCAUUUAAACGUGUAGUUAGUUAUUCAUGCGUUUCAUUCGUUGUCGCCAUUUUUAGUUGUUAAGUUUUAUUUAUUCUAGCUGCUAGUUAUUGAAAUUGAAUUUUAGCACCGGCGCAUGUACGUGUACGUGUACGUGUAUGUUUAUAUCUGUUUAUGUAUUUUUCUAGGAAUACUCGUAUGUGUGCGUGCAGCAUUCAGACGCUUCCAUUUUCGCUUCGAAAGCUCUACUACUUACACAUGUAGGAGUAUCUGUAACUCGCUAGCGCUAAGUGUACUUAUAAAACUAAAUGCAUAGUGUUAAUUAAACAUACUUAAGUUGGCUAAAGUGUAAGCUUUAUUCUUAAGCAUACAUACUAUAUACAUAUAUGCAUAUAUGGAAAUUCGCACAAACAGUAUUUUUGCUUAAAAGUAAUCCUAAGCUGAGCAUUACUAUACAAUUAAAAUACUACAAAUAAAAAUAAUGAACAAAUGGAGCAUCUAUUAGAGUGCCUGCUCCUUCUCUCUUAAUAUAUACAUCUGUACUUAUAUAAAUCCUUCUCUAUUCCUCUCUACUUUGAAAAGCUGAGUCCUAUAGCUCAAGAAAUCUCGAACAUAAACUAUUCCACUUCCUGAAAGAAUUACUUAAAAUUAAAUAAACUGUGUUAAUAUCUAUUAUUAUUUGCCAUUUUCUAAAAUACUUACUAUAUACAUUAAUCAAGUUUAAUACAAGUGUUUGAGUGAAGCUGUAA